AUAGAGGCAGAGGUGACGUUAACAUUGAAUUGCAAAACCAUUUGUUUUUGAUUGAUUGCAACUCUCUCUCUCUCUCUCUCUCUCUCUCUCUGUCUGUCGGAUCAGAAUCUCUUCCUUCCAUUACCAUACGUUGUUGCUGGCUGCUGGUGUUGGUAAGGAUUAGAGACAACACUACAGUCCAAAAAAGAUGCUAACAUCUACACAAUAUGAAACAUUUUCAAAGGAUUUUCUCAUGGGAGGAGUAGCAGCAAUCAUAUCCAAGAGUGCAGUGGCACCAAUUGAGAGAGUCAAGCUUUUAUUGCAAAACCAAAAUGAAUUGAUUAAAAGAGGACGACUCAAAAAACCAUACCUGGGUGUGUCUAAUGGCUUUAAAAGGGUUUUCCUGGAAGAGGGUCUCAUUGCUUUUUGGAGAGGUAACCAGGCCAAUGUUAUAAGAUAUUUCCCCACACAGGCUUUCAAUUUUGCAUUCAAAGGUUACUUCAAAAGCAUCUUUGGAUAUUCCAAAGAGAAAGACGGGCACAUUAAGUGGUUUGCUGGGAAUGUGGCUUCAGGCAGUGCUGCAGGAGCGACUACUUCACUGCUUUUGUAUCAUUUAGACUAUGCACGUACGCGAUUGGCUACUGAUUCACUGGAGUGCCGUGCUACUGAUCAGCGCCAGUUUAAAGGACUAGUUGAUGUUUACCGUAAAACCUUAUCAAGUGAUGGAAUUGCUGGCUUGUACAGGGGAUUUGGGGUUUCAAUAUUGGGAAUCACCUUGUAUCGAGGGAUGUACUUUGGGAUCUAUGACACUAUGAAGCCCCUUGUUUUAGUUGGGCCUUUUGAGGGGAAGUUUUUUGCUAGUUUCUUGCUAGGUUGGAGCAUCACAACUUUCUCGGGUGUUUGUGCGUACCCUUUUGACACUUUGCGCCGACGGAUGAUGAUAACCUCUGGACAUCAAAACAAGUACUCUAAUGCAAUACAUGCAUUUCGUGAGAUUGUUCAACAAGAGGGUUUUUCAGCUCUGUUUCGAGGAGUAACAGCAAAUAUGCUUCUUGGUAUGGCUGGAGCUGGGGUGCUUGCCGGGUACGAUCAGCUGAACCGUAUGUCGUCUAGACUCAGUCAUUAUGAUGAAACGAAACAAAGAGUUCUGAAAUGAAUUGCUGAAGCAUUGUAGGCCCUUUAAGGGAGAAAUUCAUUUGGGACCUAAAAAGCACAUUCAUCAUUUAGAAUAAUAAAGAUUAUGGUUUUUCAUUUCAAAAGUUUGGUCUGGAAGACCUUGACAAAAUAUACUGACUUUCGGACAAGAUUGCCAGAGGUAUUUAUUCUAUAAACCAAACCUUUGAACAUGAUAAACUUUUUCGGUCCUUAAAUUUAAUUCUCCUUUUGUUAAUAGUGAAUUUUUUAGAAUAGAUAAACUUCAGUGGUAUUGAUAUAACUGAAACAUAGGGAAGGACAACUCAAAUGUAUUCAAGACUGCUAAUGCAGUUAAUCAAAAUGUCUGUUCCAGGGAAUGCUGUGAGUAUGAGUUUUAAAAUGUAUAUAAUGUACAUGGCUAGAGUUCAAUCAUAUUACAUUGAGUUGUUGACAUAA